UCUCUCUCUCUCUCUCUCUCUCUCUCUCUCUCUCUCUCUCUCUCUCCCUGGGUCGCUUAAACAACAGUCCUAACUUUUGUGUGUUGCAAAUAUAAAAGGCAAGCCAUGUGACAGAGGGACAGAAGAACAAAAGCAUUUGGAAGUAACAGGACCUCUUUCUAGCUCUCAGAAAAGUCUGAGAAGAAAGGAGCCCUGCGUUUCCCCCAAGCUGUGCAGCAGACACUGUGGUGAUCAGUUACAAGUGAAAGGAGCAAGACAAAACUCCAGCAUACAAAGGACAAUGACAACCAGAAAGAGACAGCCCCAUCCUGCCCUGGCCUUGAAAGGAACUGGAUCCUAAGAGGUGUCAGCAUUUUCAAUCUGUUGUCCUCUGUCUCCCUCUGCUGUUCUUCUGCAGAAGUUUCCCCUCACAACAAUGAGAAAUCAUGUACUAGCUGCAUCCAUUUCUAUGCUCUCCCUCCUGGCCAUAAUGGGAGAUACAGACAGCAAAACAGACAGUUCCUUCCUGAUGGACUCUCAACGCUGCAUGAGGCACCAUUAUGUUGAUUCUAUCAGUCACCCAUUGUACAAGUGUAGCUCAAAGAUGGUGCUCCUGGCCAGAUGUGAGGGACACUGCAGCCAGGCAUCACGCUCUGAGCCCUUGGUGUCCUUCAGCACUGUCCUCAAGCAACCUUUCCGUUCCUCCUGUCACUGCUGUCGACCUCAGACCUCCAAGUUGAAGGCUUUGCGCCUGCGCUGCUCCGGGGGCAUGCGACUUACAGCCACUUACCGGUACAUCCUCUCCUGUCACUGCGAGGAAUGCAGCUCCUGAGGCUUGUUGCUAAGUGGCUUUCUGGCUGGUACAACCACAGGAGCAGUUCAACCAGCCAGAGAAGGACUGGCAAGAAAAGAGUUAAGGUAGAUAAAGAUGGAGCGAGUCCCACAAGUUUGUCCUAAAGACUCAGUGUGCUUUCAAGAGAGAGUGACUCUGGGAACUCAUUUUCCAUUCCCAUCUUUUUUCGCUGAAAGAAUUUCUUUUGGUUACUUUUCAGAUUCAGGCAUUUCCCCUGUUGGCUCCGAAUGUUGCUUGGGUUUCUGACAACUCUGCAUUAGUGGGAAAAUGUGGGGCCCUGUGAAAGAGUGUGUCAGGCUGUCCCUAUUUGGUGCAUAUUGGGGGAAAUUUUGUCCAAUUCUUCUUAAGAUGUCUUCAGUUGUUGUUUCACUUUGUUGUUUUGGUCUAAGAUUUGCCUUUAAAGGUUACCAGUUUCAAGUUCCAGUUACCAGUUUCAAGUUCCGGACACCAAGUCCGUUGA